CAUUUCACAAAAAAAAUUACCUUCAUCCAACGACAGUUUAUCUACAGCAGAACAACAUGCUUCAUCUUCCCAUUUUGUCUUGUUUUUCCAUCCACUUUUCUUCCCUUUAUUGUGUUUAUGUCUGCCCAUUUCAACCCAUAUCUCUAAUUCUGUAUGAAUACUUCAUGUAGCAGUAAGUUUAGAAUCACUGACGUCAGCUGUCGAAACCUUGAGCCUGCAAUUUUAUGAUACACUUAUAUAAUUAAUUACAUAAAGUAUAUCAGUAACAGUACGAAGUAUAAAAUUAUAAAUCAAAAUGGCGGCGAAAAUGAGUGAGAUAUUUGCGCACGAAUAUUAUUAGUAUUUGGCAGAUAGACGUAAGUGCUGUUGUUUUUUUUACCAUGUUUUCGUCUCAAGAAUACAUAGACAAUAAGACAGGACGAGAUGAUCUGAGCAGAUUUCAGUAUUUACAAGCCUUGGUUACGGAAUUCCAAGACACAUCGAGUGAUGGUAUAUACAUUUGUGCUUCGGGUUGACGUCACAAUUUCGUACAACAGAUUUCCCAGUCGCAUGGUUACGUAGUGUAAAUAUGGCAUACAAUGCCGUAACAGCGUAACCAUGUGACCGGGCAAUCUGUAGGAUACACAAUAAUAUUAAAUCCCAGAGGAGGAAUGAGGGUCUUCCCACAAUGCACUGCGGUUCAUUAUUUUCAAAAUUGAAAUUCGCGACCACGGAUUGUGAAAAAUUGUGGAUGGUUAUCUUGAUUAUUUCUCUGAAAAUUUUCUAUUUUCAAAGCUUAGAUUUCAGUAAAUAUAUUAAUUGUAUAUCGAAUUUUUUAUUUUUAUUUUUUAAAAUUUCUAUAUUGCGUUUUAGCAUAGGCAGCCCAAUGUUAUGGUUGCCUGCCUGCGCGCGGGCGAGGCAUUGUAUAGUUGUAUUAUUUCCUAAGGUAGGCAAAUGCAAUCAAACUAACGAUACAUAUACUUUCAAACAAUCCAAAAUACUUCAAAUAUCUUUACAACUACGCUAAAAUAAUCACGGAAAUAAAAUCUACGAUACUUUUACUAUAUACUAACAAUAUUUUAACGUACAAAACAAAUUUGUAAUGCGAGAAAAAUACGAAAAGUUUUUGCAUUAUUUUUCAAUUCUUGAAUGAGACGAUGCUGGAUUCGCGCUCGACGUUUUUGAUGGCGUUUCAAAUGACGAAUUUCCAAUCUCAUUGGCUGUCUUUUUCGACGUUUUAAAACCGUAAAAAUGAACCGUAAAAAACCUUUAUUGAAACCUUUUAACAUUUUAUAUUGUAUUUUUGAAGUAGCUAAAUACAGUAAAUAAUUUCUAACACAACUCUAUGACCAUUUAUUUGAAAGAUUAGAAUAAAAAAAUGCAAAAAUUGUUUUACUUACACUUCAACAUAGCAUGCUUCUUGAGCACAAUUUUAUUUAAUAAUACAGACACAACAAGUUCUGCUGUAAAUGUAUUUAUAAAUAUUUGUAAAGAUGAACAGAAUAACAACUGCAGUAAAUGAAGAUGGAUGUUGUGGAUGUAAAUAUACUACCUGACAAGUAUACUGAGGUUUCUAGCAAAUGGUCCUUCAUUUAGAUCUACCGACUACAAAGGAACUAACCUCCAGACAGAGGGCCUCUGCUUGAAAUAUCAUGAUUCGAUCAUUCUAUAUAUUUUCAGGUAGUUACAUCCAAAAAUACAUCUUACUUACUAUUGAACACAGCUAACAUCGUACUAUAAUUGAGAUUGGUUAUUUCAAUUAUUUCAUAAAAUUACAACACAUUUCAAAAAAAUCAUCUGUUUUAUAUUGCACAACCUGUGCACAGUCAGAUAUGCAUGCAAUUUAUUGUCUUCUUUAUCAAGCACGAUUAUAACAGUUCCAUUAAUUGAUGGGGGGGGCGACCAGUGAUGCAUAUUGAAUAUUCAAUGCUGAUCAUGAACAACCUCCACCAAGCAAACGGGAUACAAUGGUUGUUGGAAGCAAUGACAAUCAGUAGGCUGGUGUAAACUUAGUGUCACAUGAUAGGUGGUACGUGGCAUUAAAAUAGACUCCUCCUGACCAACAUAUUACAACAUGGUACAUCUCCAAGCUGAUGCCAGUGAUCAUUGGUGUCGACAAACUAUAUGAUAUAAAUUUGAAAUAUUUAAUUUAAACAAAUAAUGACUACAAUAAUGACUACUAAAAUACUAGUUGCCAUUGAAUAACAACAGUUAAUCAAGAGUUUAUAAAAUUUUGAGUAAAAUCUAUUUGCAAUUAGAUUUUUUUAAUGUUUCUUAAUGUCAAAAGCUGAAUUUAUUAUAAAUUUGGUACAACAUUUGCAAUAAUUUUGUAUAUAAUUUACUGAAACACUAUUUGAGUCAUUUUAUAAAUAAAUAUAUUGUCAAACUUAAAUUAUUUUGAUCUUUUUAUUCUAAAUUUGUGUGCAUAGCUCUACUGUACGAUACAUAUAUAUAAGUAUAAAUCAAUAUUGAUCUUUAUUACCCUUUUGAUUACUAUAUAAACUGCAGAAAUAUUAUAAUUUAAUUAUUUAAAUCAUCUUACCUUAAACCUUUGUUAAUAACAACACAAGUUUAGUCACUGUCAAGAAAUCAUUUCGACAAGUAAAGCACAAGGCAUUCAAACUACACGUAUCCGCGAUGAUCCCAAAACGUUGUUUCGAAAAACAACGAACAACAUUUAUACAACAAAAAGUCGUUUCCAUCCCAAACCAAAGGUAUAUUCCGUGAUACAGACGGUUUCUCUUUCAUAAAUUGUUGUUGUGUAUACAGCGACAGCUACCCGAAGAAUGAACGGGGCGUGGCGAGAAAUCGAUAAUAUAUAAAAAGCCGUGACUGGCCGCAUUGCAUGCCGGUAUAGUCCUCACUCCUCCUCUGAUUAAAUCCUUAGCACAGUGUAGAGACAUACAGAGACAUAACUGACUGUUGCAAACACUGCAGAAGAUUACGUUAUCAUGUACCCACCUUUUUUCAGGCGACCGGGCGAAAAAUGAUCAACUGCACAUGCUCAGCAAGUUUAAAGUGAGUCGUCAUCAGGUCGUCAUCCAAUCAGAUGCAUGCAUCUAGUAACUUGCCGAGCAUGCACACAAAAAAGUGGGUACACUAGUUACAUCUCUGUAUGUCUCUACUCUGUGUCCCUAGAUAGCGAAGUCAGAAACUUUCAAAUGUUUAUUACUGCUAACUAUUUAUUUUGAGGAAAACAGUAGGCUGCUAUGCUGGACUUGUAUUGAAGUUCAUUUAUUAGCUGGCAAAUUUUCUUACACAUGCAUGCCACCACCGUGAUGCCACUAGAACUGGAAAGUUCUGCUUCAAUACUAGAUUCCCCUUAUUACAUUUUCAUAGUGCUUUGCAUUGUGGUUAUAGUGAUAUCACUGAUAUUAAAGAUGGCUUAUUUUUUGUCCUGACCCAUGCAAGAACUUUUAAAAAAACUCUCUAAAUUUUUAAGACAUAUGUUGUCACGUACGGUUCCGCUAGGAUUUUAGGGGGAAAAAUUUUCAUCGGUAAAUUUAGGGAAAUACACCCCGAGCAUAUUAUGGCCUCGGUACACCACUGGGUGCAAGAGCAAGCAGCUUUCUCCCCUAAGAUUGUGAGUUUGCUGCAGACUAAUGAAAGAGUCAGUCAAUACUAGUCAUGUGUUUUCUAUGAGCAUAGUGGCACAAACUCACAACAAAGCCAAGUGUGUUUGAAAAAUUUUGAACGAGCUUGGAACAGAUACUGACAUGAAGUAACAUAAACUUCAAGUUUUUCCAGAGGAACAUUUUCUCGACCCCCCACACUUUACUGUAGAUGUUUCGUUAUACCAAAAUUGGGCGCCCUCUUUUUUAAGACCCUGGCUAAAAGCCUGCUAAACAGCUCUCUGCAUGCAAAGGAAGUCUUGUGCUUAACUGGCCAUCAAAUUACAUGUUACUAUACACCCCCAACAGGAACAAUAACUUGUAGUUUCCAAGAAAAUUUACAGCAGUUGUGGCAGUGAUGCACCCACUAGAAUAUAACACCAUGUAUAACAUAAUAUGGUUUUAAUUUUGCCUCAUCUUUCUACUAGAUGCAAAAUGUCAAGUACUGGCAAACCUAGCAAAUUUUGCCUAUGACCCAAUAAACUAUCCUCACCUGAGGAAACUUAAUGUAGCUGAGUUAUUUUUGGGUGAGUUCAUGAUGGUAAGCUUAUUAUCUUUAUCUAAGGAAAACAACACAUUUUGAAACAGUGUAAUUUCCCUCUAUAAAAUUCAUGAUAUUAAUUUAUUUGUUAAUUAAUAUCAUUUAGACAUGCUUAGUGAACAGAAUGAAAAAAUUGUUGAAUUUGGAAUUGGUGGAAUUUGUAACUACUGUCUUGGUAGGGUUGGAUUAAAAUCAGAUGGCUACCGGACCGGGUACAUCUUUGUGUACCACAACAACAGAGGAUCUUAAUAGGAGGGCGAGGCCUUGGUUGUGUGUGUCAGUAUCAGCUAAAAUGUCAGAUGCAAGAUGUCAGUCUUAAAAUUAUUAUUUCAAAAUAUUUUAUGAGCUGUCAGUCAACAAUAUAGGCAGACAUCGAUAGUCAAUGAAUUUGAUUUAGAUGCUCAUAACAUGUACAGUAGACACCGGGUGUUCAAGAGAAUUUAACUACGAUUUAGCCCAGGGACACAGGAGGUUUGAUAAACUUAGGCAGGCCAACAGAGACUCAAAAUGGCAUUCUGAGAGUCCUCUUGAGUCUUCUCUUGUUUCACCCUUUCAUUAAUUCUUUCAUUAUGAUUUGUGAGUCUAUGUUAUCUGUGAGUCAGGACAACUGGCAGAUCAGCGCAUUUAAAAUUGAGUGCCGAAAGCUAUUCUGGCCCGUUAUAAAAUAUCGGCAGGGGGUAGCCUCCUGCUUCCUACCCCCUGAUUUAGUAUAUGACGCUUUUUAAUAGUAGGUCAUGGGCAUCCUAACAAAAUGUUUUCUUAAAACAGCAACUUGCAAGUUUUGUGAUAGUUCUUAAUACAGCUAUUAGAUUUGGUACAUGAGAAGAGUGACAUUUGAUCCAAGCCUAAAUAACUAAAAUACCACAACUUAUUUACAUAAAUUACACUUUAGAUGCAGAUUGUAGACACGCUAUCUUAGAAAAUGGUGGAAUACAAGAAAUUGUUAAUUGUUUGUCAAGGUAUCCUGCCUGAGGUUAUAUAUUAAUAUAGGGUUAGAGUUAACCCGUCAAAAUAGUCUUAUAUAAUCUAACAUAACGGACAAUCAUAUCAACAAAUACCCAUAAAACAAAUAGCCAAUGCAGUUUGAUGAGUUCAUUCUUUUUAUGUGUUUUGAUUUAGUUCCAAUGAAGAAACGGUUCUCUCUGCCAUCACGAGUCUAAUUUAUCUUAAGGACAAGACGACUGAAGGUGAUUGUCCAACGAGAGAUUACCAUGGCUCCUAAUUUUACUAAAGAUUGAAUUGCAAUAUUUGUACUGCAUGGUAGAGCUGUGCGCUAACCGAAAGAUUCGGUCGGUACGGUUCUUUUUUUACCAACCGGAAGUCGGAUCCGGGCAUGCACAAAAGAACCGGUAGUUUUGGUUGAAAAUACAGACACCGAACACCGAGGUUCUUUCACCCCGAAAAGACCGGAACCGAGAUGAAUCUCUGGAACCGCAUAGUUCUACUGCAUGGGGAUGUAUACUCAAACUGGGAUAGUAACUCGCAGGGUAUGGCUCGAUGAAAUAGGUUUUUUUCCCUGGAAACAUAAUGUCCUAGCUGAUCAUGGUUUUGAAUUCAAGAAAAAUGCCUGCCAAUCAUGCAAACGUUUUUAGGCGCACAGUUGAACAUACCGUGUUAGGGUUUCCUUCAAAUUUCCAUAUUGAGUCAGGCAAAGCUUUACUUAAUCAAUCUUAUUGAAAAACUCAUUAAUAAUUCAUGAAGAAAACACAAAGAAAAAUCAUAAGCGUGCAGUCGUAUCUGUAUAUGUGAUACAGAUUCAUGUUGAUUUACAUAAACUUUAACUUUGAUUUUCUCGGCUUAGACAACGUUUAUUUUUAAAAUUACUUCGCCAAUGAACUCAUAAGAUGAGUCGUUUUUUACGUCAGCUCGAGUUUGUAUAUCCGAUACAACACGGCCGCUCAUGUUGUAAAUAGUACAUAAAACAUUUUAAGAAAUGGUUCUUCACUCCUACUCUUUGGUUUGUGUUGGUUGAAGAGCAGUAAAUAGCUCUGCAUGUUACAUUCAUUUCGAUUUCUAUUAAAUGUGUUAUUCCUUUUCACAGAGCUUUCAUCUCAAGCGAUUAUUGAGUGUAUGACAACAUAUUCUACUUCAUCAAACGCGAGGCUGGCCAACCUUGCUAAAAUAUAUCUGCAGGUAUUUCUGUGGUACAUUAUUACUCAGUAUUUUGCAAAAUAGGCAGGGUAGUUGAAAAAGGGAUAAGGUAAAAGCAAAUCUGUAAUUUUUACAGAUUGCCUAAUAGUAUUAAUAAAAGAGGAAACAAGACAUUUGUAGGAUUUAUAGUGGAUCUAUAUAUUUUGGGAUAUUUUUCUAAUUAAACUUGAUUAUUUUCGUUUUUUUUUUUUAGAAUUUCAAGAAACUGACAUAAUGUUUUAGACAUGUAACGCUCAAGAAAAUUGUAUAUAAGACAUUAGUUAAUACAUUGUAAUGUGAAUGGCUUAAUCUUUUGUCAUCUAUCUACAAGUUGAAUUACCUUUGUUAUACUAUCUUUCAUAUUUCUCCCCCCCACCCAGGAAGAAAGAGCCUGGGAACGAGGUCGCCACCCGCACACUUUUUUGCCCUCCCUGGGCAAAUUUCCUUGGAAACUCGCCCUCUCCUGGGGGGGGGGGGGUGAAUAUACAGUCAUUCGUAAGUCUUUUGAUUGCAGCUUUUUGAAGAUCUUUCUCCUUAGGCUAGGCGUCUGCCCUGAAACUUCUCGCGAGAUGCGUUGCUAUAACUGUGUACGGGCAAGACACUGUUGCUUGUCUUCUGAUUCCAACAUAACUCUUAGAUUGAUGGCAGUAGCACUGGGUUUUCAAUUAUCAUUCCUGUUAGUAGUACGUGGAGGAUGCAGGGCUGGGAUUUCCAGACUUGAGUAACCAUGGUUAGUUGAAGAACAAAAUGCUGCUGAAUUUGCCUCAAACAACGUCCUAUAAUGCCGAAUGAAGGGAAUAUACAUACCCUGUAAUUCGUUCGAAUCUAGUUAUAAAGACAGGCAUCCACUGCAUCCCACUUAAUCUCGUUUCCAACACAAAUCUUGGCAGUUCUGCAGUCAGUCUUUGAAGUCUUGUUGCAAAGGAUUCACUGAAAAUGGACCCCAUUUGAAGUCGAUUCUCUGGGACACCAAUGGAUCCAGUUGCCAAUAAAAUAUCUAACAAUCCUCGUACUUCCGUCUUAGGGUCGGAUUUUUUCAAUUUCCGUAACGAAUUGGAAUAUUGUUAGAAUAAAAUAUUUAUUAGUCUUUUCCCUGUAGUAUAUCGUGUUGAAAAAAAUUACAUUAAAAAUAAAACAAG